ACAUAUUAUUGGUAAGGAGGAUCUAUUUGUGCAAAAAUGAAAACACCAAAAGCCAAAGAAUCAGAAAAAGCUGAGUUAAAGCCGAUUAAAAAAGAGCCCGGCGUUGUGGAGGAUGGUAAAGUGACCAAGAAAUCGAAAGCAAAGCCCAAAAAGAAGGCAGUUAAAGUGCCAAAAGAUGAAGUAAAGGCCGCCGUACAAGACAGUCCCAAAAAAUUGUCCGCGAAGGACUUGGCCAAGAUCGAAAAAAAGAAGGCCAAAAAGCAGGCACAGAAGCUGAAGAAGCAACAGAAUAAACUAGAACCCAAGGAGAUCAAGAAGGAACCAGAAACCCAAGGCAAAGUUGAGGAUAAGGCCAUCAUAAAGGAAAAGGCAGAGGACAAACCAACGACUGUUCCAAAGGCAAAAGCAAAAGGAAAAGUGGCUAAGAAAGCCAAAGCCAAUAACAAGAAUGAAGAAGGAGUUAAGUGGGAACGCAAUCCUGCAGACGAGGCAUCCACCGUUUUCGUGGGCAAUCUGCCCAUAAACACCAAACGCGUCCAGCUGGUGAAAUUGUUCCAACCCUAUGGGUUGGUUCAAUCCAUCCGUCUUCGCACCGCCGGUGGCAAGCAGCUUUUCAAGCACAAACAGCGCAAGGUAGCCGGCUCCCUAAACGCCUACGUGGUGCUCCAGAACCCCGAGAUUGCCCAGCAAGCGCUGUCUCUGAAUGGCACCGAGUUCAAGGAAAAUCACCUGCGGGUUACUCCCGCGGCUAAGGCGGAGGGUUUUGGCCAGGGAGCGGAUCAGCAGCCCAGUGACAAGGAUGCCAAGCGAACCAUAUUCGUGGGCAGCCUAAAAUACUCGGCCACCGAGGAGCAGCUGCGCGAGAUCUUCUCCAGCUGCGGCGAGAUAGACUACAUACGCUGCCUGCAGGAUGGCGACAAGGGCUGCAAAGGAGUAGCAUACGUCUGUUUCCAAAAGCCCGAUGCUGUGGGAUUAGCGCUUGAACUGAAUCAGACGCUUCUGGACGAUAGGCCUAUCAACGUGGAGCGCUAUCAAGUCAAAAAACUCGGUGCCAAACAAGUACGCGACGCUGCCGCCGCCUCCGCUGCAUCCAAAACGUCCUCAAAGACCAAGGCUAAGAACCAGAAUUCGGCUGGCGCAAAAAAACGGCUUGACAAGAAGAAGGGAAAGGAGAACGGUAGUUCAAAAAAAGAGGGAGCAACUCCUGGUCAAAAAAAGAAGUCCGAGUAUCGGGGGGUCAAAGUCGACGGCAUCAAGAAGGCCAAAAAGCCUAAAAAGAAGAGCAACGAUCAACAAACAGCUCUAGCCAAAAAAAUAGCACCCAAACAAAAGAGUUAAUAUACAUUUAGAAUAGGCAUAGGUUUUAAAUAAG